AUGUCCAACAGCAGCUUCCCCACAGAGUUCCUCCUCCUGCCAUUUGCAGACACACACGAGCUGCAGCUCCUGCACUUCGGGCUCUUCCUGGGCAUCUACCUGGCUGCCCUCCUGGGCAACGGCCUCAUCCUCACAGCCGUAGCCUGCGACCACCGCCUCCACACCCCCAUGUACUUCUUCCUCCUCAACCUUGCCCUCCUCGACCUGGGUACUAUUACCACCACUGUCCCCAAAGCCAUGGCCAAUUCCCUGUGGGACACCAGGGCCAUCUCCUACUCAGGAUGUGUUGCCCAGGUCUUUUUCUUUGCUCUCUUUGUCGCAGCAGAGUUUUCUCUCCUCACCAUCAUGGCCUACGACCGCUACAUUGCCAUCUGCAAACCCCUGCACUACAGGACAAUAAUGGACAGCAGGACUUGUGUCAACAUGGCAGCAGCUGCCUGGGGCAGUACUUUUCUCAAUGCUGUGCUGCACACUUCCAAUACCUUUUCCCUCCCCCUCUGCCAAGGGAAUGCCCUGGACCAGUUCUUCUGUGAAAUUCCCCAGAUCCUCAAGCUCUCCUGCUCAGAUGCCUACCUCAGAGAAGUUGGUUUUCUUGUGGUUAGUGUCUGUAUAGUAUUUGGGUGUUUUGCUUUCAUUCUUUUCUCCUAUGUGCAGAUCUUGAGGGCUGUUCUGAGGAUCCCCUUGGAGCAGGGCCGGCACAAAGCCUUUUCCAUGUGCUUCCCUCACCUGGCUGUGGUCUCCCUGUUCAUCAGCACUGGCACAUUUGCCUACCUAAAACCCUCCUCCAUGUCCUCCUCAUCCCUGAAUCUUUUGCUGGCAGUUCUGUACUCAGUGGUGCCUCCAGCAGUGAACCCCCUCAUCUACAGCAUGAGGAACAAGGAGCUGAAGGAUGCAGUGUGGAAACUGAUGAUGGGAUGUUUUUCAGAGGCAUUGAACUUCCUGGUUUCUUCUGCAUAUCAUUCAUAA